AUGGUAAAACCAGAAACCGCAAGGCCCAACACUAGGAAGCGCAAACGUGGCGAGCCAAAACCCGUGCUUCCCAUCCCUCCAGAAAAACGACCUAUUCACACUCCUUGGAUCGACACUCUUCCUGCUAUGGAGUACGAAUCUAAGGAACAGAGGCUACACGACGAGAUCGUCGCGCACGCAUCGUACAUCCUCCCCACACCUGCCGAACGUCUGGCUCGUCAGGCUCUAUACGACCAAAUAGCAUCCGUUCUUGUGCGGGGUAAAUGGAGAAACGCGAAACUUCAUCUGUAUGGGAGCAUAAGCACGGACCUGUGCUUACCUAGAUCAGACAUGGAUCUCGUAUUUGAGAUCCAUCAAAUCGCGGACACACAAGAAGCCUGUAAGAGUGUGCUGUUCGAAGCGAAGCGGUAUCUCUUCGAACAACAAUACCUAGCAGAAGAACUAUUCGUUGUAGCCCAUGCGCGAGUCCCCGUCCUCAACAUGGUAUCUCACCCGCAAACCGGACGCUUCAACGUAGAUAUCACCGUCAACGGCGCAGACGGUGUGCCUACCAUCGCACCCGUGAAAGAGUAUUUGAAGACUAUGCCUGCUUUACGUCCGCUUGUGCUUCUCAUUAAAUCCUUGCUAGAACAACAUGGGCUGCAUUCGGCGCAGUCGAGCGGACUGUCGUCCUAUUGUGUGAUCUGCAUGGUCAUCUCAUUCCUGCAGAUAAAUCCAAAGAAGAGGCCACAGAAAUGGGUUGAUGACCCAGUGGCAUCUGAAUCUUUUGGCUGGUUACUUCUUGACUUCUUGGAGUACUACGGCGUCGAACCACGAGUACCCGAGCGACCUCCGCGCGAAUUGCCGCCUGUCUCGCAAGACAUAAUUGACCUUACUUCUACCCCGACCCCUCCUCCAAGCGAACCUUCGCGGGUCUCCAAGGGCAACGAUACACCUGUCCCUGUCAACGAACCCGAAGCCGCAGAGGAAGGGGAAGUUCCAAAGGACGAACACAAUACCGAGUCCGAGGCCCUUGAAGAUGAUGUGAAGGAAGAAACGUUCGACCCAUCGAAUGGAUUCCCGUACAUGACGCAUUACAUCUCCGUCCGCGAGGGCACUCUAUUAUCGAAAAAGAAGAAAGGCUGGCUGAGAGAAAAUGUAUGGGAGAAUGGGCGGUUAUGUAUUGAGUGUCUCGUCAAUCGAGACAAUGACAUAGCACGAUCCGCAGGGAAGAUUAAAGCUGUGAGGCAGCUUUUUAGAGAGGCGAAAGCGAGGUUGGAGCGUGCUACGUUGGAUGGUACUGGGCACAAUAUUCUUGGAACGAUCAUCGGAGUGACGCAGGAGACACUUGACUUUCGCGAGAAUAUCAGAACUCUCGUUGAACAAGGUAGGAUUCGACCAUUUGCUGAGGCACAGGCUCCUUCAUCAAGUUGGAGCUACAACGAUUCCCGGAACCGAAGUGGGCAUUCGCAAUACAAUAAUGCUCAGCGUACAGGAGGGGGAGGUUCGAACUACAAUGGCGGCUUUUGGAGCGGUGGAAGGAGCGCACCUCCAGCAUUUUCAGGAGGGAGGAGUACUUCAAAUUAUAGUAGAGGUGAAGGCAGUCGAGGUAACGAAGGAGUCUACAAGAGGCAGAAGAGAUGAGAAGUGAAGGAGAGUUUACUGACGAGUCAUUCUCCAUUAUCUUGUAGACAUCUCUAUCCUACGGCACAUCUGUAGCUUUCAGCCUGCUUAUACCUGGGCUCUGUAACACAAUUUAUCUUGUUUUGUCG